AGAUGGCAUGCUGUUCUGGAUAGAAACCCUUGAUCGCUGUCGACCAACAUUCAUCAGAUGGGAUAAGAAAACGUCAACUCGUGAGGACUGAGGUGCUGUCAUUCAAUCGUUGGUCACUCCAUCGUCGGCAGCCGUGUGAACCGUCAGAUCCGUACGGAGGGUCGAAACACAGGACAAGACAGAAGCGCCACCACGGUGCAAGCGUGUCGAGGUCGGCAUAGCACCGGCGCAGCCGCGUCUCAAUCGUUGAAACGCCACAAGCAAGGAAGCAAAAUGAAAUAAAAUGAUUCCCUAAUUUCCUGGCUUCCAAGGUCAAAAACCCCAAGGGUGAAUCUAUUCAGAUAUACGCACACGUAUCACCCCUCGAUCCUCUCAAACUCCUUGGUUGCCACACUUGUCCAUUGUAGUUUGGCAUCUUCUUUUCCUUCCCCAUCGACUGAUGCAAUGGCAAUGCCCCACAAUUUGUAUAUGCUUUCCUUGCCCCCUGCAAGGCAAAUCCAAACUUUCUACCCAUGCAACCUUUCUAGUAGUUUGUAGGACAUCUUUUCUCUUGGCUUUCUUCCCAUUGAACGCUAUUUAUCUCCUGCCAACAACACAACAAGCUCGGAGAAGAUCAUACAUACACAUAGCACUGCUGGUUGGUCAGCAGAAAACCAGGUAGCUUAGCUGAUAAUACUAUUAGAGCAUGGGGUCGUCGUCUGCGGCGGUGCAAGCGGUGGUGUUGCUGUGGCUGGCGGUGGUGUUCCGGGCGCGGCCCGUGGAGGCGCUGGCGGCCAACUGGGGCACCCGCGCGCGGCACCCGCUUCCCGGCGACAUCACCGUGCGCCUGCUCAAGGACAACGGCUUCGACAAGGCCAAGCUCUUCGAGGCCGACCCGGCCGCUCUGCAGGCGCUCGGCCACUCCGGCAUCCAGGUCAUGCUGGGCCUCCCCAACGAGCUGCUCGCGUCCGUGGCCGGCAACGUCGCCGCCGCCGAGCAGUGGGUGCAGCAGAACGUCUCCAACUACGUCUCCAAGUACGGCGUGGACAUCAGGUACGUGGCGGUGGGCAACGAGCCCUUCCUCAAGUCCUACAAGGGCAUGUUCGAGGCCGCCACGCUCCCCGCCGUGCAGAACGUGCAGGCGGCGCUCGUCAAGGCCGGGCUGGCGCGGCAGGUGCGCAUCACCGUCCCGAUCAACGCCGACGUCUACGAGUCGCUCGACGGCCGCCCCUCCUCCGGCGACUUCCGCCCGGACAUCACCACGCUCAUGACCAACCUCGUCCGCUUCCUCCUCGACAGCGGCGGCGUGCUCGCCAUCAACAUCUACCCGUUCCUCUCCCUCGACGCCGACGCCAACUUCCCCCGCGACUACGCCUACUUCCCUGCCCCCGGCGCCCCGCCGUCGCAGGCCAGCGUGCAGGACGGCAACGUGCUCUACACCAACGUCUUCGACGCCAACUACGACACCCUCAUCGCCGCGCUCGAGAAGCACGGCCUCGGCAACAUCACCGUCGUCGUCGGCGAGAUCGGCUGGCCCACCGACGGCGACGCCAACGCCAACGUCGCCAGCGCGCAGCGGUUCAACCAGGGCCUCUUCGACCGCAUCGUCGCCGGCAAGGGCACGCCCCGCCGCCCGCAGAUGCCCGACGUCUACGUCUUCGCGCUGCUGGACGAGGACAACAAGAGCGUCGACCCGGGCAACUUCGAGCGCCACUGGGGCGUCUUCAACUACGACGGCUCGCCCAAGUACCCGCUCAGCCUCGCCAGCGGCAGGGCCAUCGUGCCGGCCAAGGGCGUCAAGUACCUCUCCAAGCAGUGGUGCGUGCUCCGGUCCGACGCCAGCCCCACGGACCCUGCCGUCGUCGGCGCCGUCGGCUACGCCUGCCAGUUCGCCGACUGCACCAGCCUCAGCCCCGGCUCGUCCUGCGGCAGCCUCGACGUGCGCGGCAACAUCUCCUACGCAUUCAACCAGUUCUUCCAGUCUGCCAGCCAGCAGAAGGGCUCCUGCGCCUUCAACAACCUUGCCGUCAUCACCACCACCGACCCGUCGCAGGGGACCUGCCGCUUCAGGAUAGAGAUCGACCCCGGACGCCGCGACCGCACCCACGGCAACUCCGACUCCGCCGCGGCCAGGGCCGCAGUCGCGUGGGGCGCCGUCGUGCUGCUCGCAUUGCUUGCCAUUGUGGCCGUGUGACACGAUCGAGCAGUCAGUCAGCAGCUAGAGAGGACCAAAUCAAUUCUUUCGUUCUAUCUUCUUCUUUAAACAGGGGCAACUGAACUAACGACUAAGCUCAGGGCAUGAUGGUAGAUUUUAUUUACCUGUCAAGCUCGUUCAGAAGGGAUUAUUGUUGUGUUUAUUUAUUUGUCAGUGAUGAUUCUUUCGGAUGUAUAUACAUGAAUGUUACAUAGUUGCAGA